AUGGCGGCGCUGCGUGAUCGGGAUUUCACCACGGCGCGGGCGCGGGCGCGGGCGCGGGUGACGGCUGGGGACGACGCGGCGGCGGCGGAGGACGCGCGGGCGCGGGCGGAGGGGGAAGCGGAGGCGUUGCGGGCGAGAAAUGAGGCGGAGUUGGUGCAUAAGGGGACGCUGAGUGUGCCGAGAAGACCGACGUGGACGCGGGAGAUGACGGCGGAGGAUGUGGACGCGAACGAGCGGAGAGGCUUUUUGGAGUGGCGACGGGCGCUCGCGGCGGUGGAGGAGGAUGAGCGGUGCGAGUUGACGCCGUUCGAGAAGAAUUUGGAGAUUUGGCGGCAGUUAUGGCGCGUGUGCGAGCGAUCGGACGUCGUGGUGCAGGUGGUGGACGCGCGGGAUCCGUUGUUUUAUCGGUGCGAGGAUUUGGAGGAGUACGUCAAGGAGCUCAAUCCGGGCAAAUCGACGAUGCUGUUGCUGAACAAGGCGGAUCUGCUCAGUAGAGAGCUUCGCAGGGCGUGGGCGGAGUAUUUUGAUUCGCGAGGGAUCAAGUUUUUGUUCUGGUCCGCAAAGGCGGCGUACGAGGAGAUUGAGGCGGAGCAAAUCGCGGCCAAGGCGGAACAAACCGCGCGAGACCUCGAAGACACGCGACGAAGGUUAGAGCUCGAUGAGGGUGACGCGUCGGACGAUGGCGACUCCAUGGAAAUCGCGGAAGAAAUUCGCUCCAAGGCUGAGGCCGCGCGCAGGGCGGCGGAGGCGCACGCGGACGUUUUGAAGUCGAUGCAACACGACGAAUCGGACGCCGCGGAUCCGGCGCACAUUUCCUCUCGAGCCGAGCUAUUGGAAAUUUUGCAAAAGCGCGCCGAAGAGGCGGUCCAGACCAUGGGCGCGACGCGCGUGCAACGUCAAGGUGCUCAAGCGCACCGAGUCGUCGUCGGUAUGGUGGGCUACCCGAACGUCGGAAAGUCGAGCACGGUGAACGCAAUCGUCGCGUCGAAGAAGACAGCCGUAAGCGCGACGCCGGGUAAGACGAAGCAUUUUCAAACGCUCGAGCUCGGGGACGAUCUGCUUCUCGCCGACUGUCCGGGUCUUGUGUUUCCAUCGUUCUCCACCUCCAAGGCGCACUUGGUGUGCAACGGUGUGAUUCCCAUCGAUCGAUUGACGGAUGUCUUCCGUCCCAUUGAAAUCAUCGCCGAACGAAUUCCGCGAGACACCAUCGAGCACGUGUAUAACAUGAAGCUUCCCUUGCCGGCACUUCAUGAGGAUCAAAACAGAAAUCCAACUGCGCGCGAGCUUCUGCGCGCAUACUGCGCUGCGCGAGGUUACACUGUUCAGGGUAACAGACCCGACGAGCAGCGCGCCGGUCGAGCCGUGCUGAAGGAUUACGUCAGCGGCAAGCUGCUCUAUUGCAUCGCUCCGGAAGGAUACGAGGGUCCACUUGGAGCGUCACGUAUGGGCGAAGAUGCGAUGGCGGGUUAUGGCGCUGGUGCGAUCGUCGCGCGCGAGACGGCAGAUGAUAUAGGAUCCGCGGGCGUGGAGGCGGACGACGCGCUCGCCUCCGCCGUGCUUGACGACAUGAUGGCCACUCUCGGACUGUCGAAGAAGAAGGGCAAAGAGCGCAUGCGUGCGGAGCACAAGUACCAAAAGAAAGGAAAGAAAGAAAAGGGACGAGUGAAGAACAAGAACGCCGGCGUGAAUACCACGGCUGGCGGGCAAGGCUUCUUGACCGGAAAACGAGGCGGCAUGCUUCCAGCCCACCUCCAAGCAAACGUCAGAAGCGCCAUUGGCGACGACUAG